AUGGUCAAGCUCAUUCCAGCUCUGUUCGCCCUGCUCUCGGUAUCGGCUGCACCUCUGCCCGCCGAACCCGAAGCUGAAGGCCAAGUCGAAGCCCGCGCCUGCGCCUGGACAUGCGGCAGCGUCUGCUACCAAACCACUCACGUCCAAGCAGCCUUGAGCAAGGGUUAUUCGCUGCAGCAGAGCGGCGACGACAUCAACAACUACCCCCAUCGCUACAAUAACUACGAGGGCUUCGACUUCCCCACCUCCGGGCUGUGGUAUGAGUUCCCCAUCAUGUCGAGUUACAGGGUCUAUACCGGGGGCUCGCCGGGACCAGACCGUAUCAUUUUCGAUUCGCGCGGGGCGUUGGAUGCCCUCAUCACGCACACCGGGACGAGCUCGGGUGACUUCGUUGCCUGCAGGACGGGUUAG